AUGACUGAAGACUGUAGCAGCAUCAUAAUAGAGUGCAGCAAAAGUAUACAGAUCAUUAGUUCUGCAGCUAGACAGCUUUUUAUUCCUGCAAGAGGUAAACGUAAGAGAGGUACUGUCAGUUCAGAAAAUAAUUAUGGUUUAAUCAGUCACGUCACAUAUAAAUUAGAUGUAAGGAAUGCCCUAAACAGAUUUCAGAACAAAAACAAAUCAAACGUCUACUUAAAGCAGUUUACAGAAGAUGAAAAUAAAAAUGAUAACAUAUGUAGUAGCCCGAAAUCAUUCUGUUAUACUUCGAAUGUGCCUCAAACGUUCAGGAAUAAAAGAAGUAGCAACUCUAUAAACAUUUGUGUAAAGCGAAAAGCAGAAGUCAGAUUAGAAUAUGAAAAACUAAAUAAAUGCAUCAAACAAACAGAAGGAAAUGCAGAAGUCAAUACAAGUGAAACUCCAACAAUAGAAAACACGCAGUUCCAAAUGUUUCCAGUUUAUAAAGAAUAUUCUAUAGAGCAUUCUUUUUGUAUGUUUCAAGAUGUUAAGAGCCCAACUAAUAAGGUACAUGAAGUGUUUGUAGAACUAUUGCCUGAGUAUAAUAAUUCUAAACACUCUGUACUACUAGCAAGAGCUUCAAAUAAUCAGUUAUUUCAAGAAAACAUUGACAUUAAUAUGCAGAAGAUACAGAAAGAAGGCAUGACUGUGUAUAGUAAAGACAUCUGUGCUAAUCGUGUCCCUAACUUAAGCAUUCAGUCAGAUGGCAGCUCACUUAAAGAUCCAGUUCUUGAAAUAGAAAAAAAUAGCAGUACAGCAGUGACUGAGUGUUACUAUAGAGACGGUGCUGUCAGUUCUGAUUGUGAAUUCCACAGCAAAAUGCAUUUAAGCAGCAAAAGGACAGAUAAAAAUGUCAAUAAGCAGCUGGAGGUGGAAAUGUUUCUGAAUAUCCAUACAAAUAAUGACAUAUGUGCCAUGAUGAGUGGUAAAUUCAACAGAUCACAUUAUCAUUAUUUCAGCACUAUUGAUUCCAAAUGGCAAGAUGAAAUAUGUUGCACAGACCAAGAUAGAAACAUGUGCAAAUUACGAUACUUUAUAUUUAAGUAUUUGGCAAAUGAAAAGUAUAAGACAGAACUUCAGAAACUGAAAGACGUAAAUAAUGAACCAUUAACAAUUAAAAGAAAUGCAGGGAAUAUGCCCUUAACCAUCUUGAACACAGCAAAGGAGAUCUUUAGAAAUUGUACGAUACUGUCCUGUUCCAAAAUGCCACAUUGUGGUCACCAAAGCACUGAAACCGACUGCACUUUUAUAGCUAUCUUGAUGGCAUUUCAGGUUAAAAACAGCAGUAUUUAUAGUUAUCUAUAUUUACCUUUCAGACUUAGCAGGUUUUGCUGUUCAUGUAGAUAUGUGAGAGACCGAAGAAUUAGUUGCCGAGAAAGUACACAUGAUAGUGACAAUAAGAAAGAUAUAAGGAACAGUGAAAGCAUAGACAUCUUGAAACAUCAGAAAUGUUUCCAUGAUUGCAGUUAUACAGAAGAAAGACAAAAUAAAAUACCAAACUGGGCACUUUAUUCUAUAAAUAAUCUGCUGUCUCAUUACUGCUCUGCUGAAGCUAACAUAAAUAACAUCAACAACACAAUCCAAACAGAUUCAACGUGCUUUUUGUCCAACAAUGUAUUGUUCUGCACUGAAAUUAAUACGGAGAAUAGAGAAUAUUUCUUUAACAGAUGUAUAGGUCAACAAGCUGUCCCUAUCUUUGAAUAUCCUGAAUAUGAACCUUUGCUCAGAUAUUGCUUUAAUUUGUUUGAAAGGUCUCACAAUUCAGGCCAAAAAACUAAAGAUGUACAACACAAAUUUGACAGGGAUAGUGGAAGAAUACAGAAGAUUAUGUCCCCAAAUUAUAAAUUACUCGUUCAAGAGAAUUUCUCAAAAAAACUGACUGUAAAUAGAACAGCUCGUUAUGAAAUCUGCUUUUCAAUAGAAAAAAACACAGCAAUAACAGAGGACAACACAGAAACUUCGGAAAAUAAUAAUGGCAAUAUUAUACCUGAAAACAAUGUUAUUCAUCUUACAUCAUCAUCCAUAGAACUCAAUUGUGUUGAAAAGCAAAGUACUUACGAUUUACAGAAAAAGACACAAGCAAUAAAAAAUGAUGCAUACUUUCUUGUUUCAGAACGCUCUCUAAAACUUGAGAAAAAUAUAAAAUAUGAAUACAUAUCACCGAAUAAUAACGAACAAGAAUUUUGCCUUUGUAAAAAUGUCCUUUUCUUAGAUUUUGAUUCUUAUGAAAAAAUUGCACUUAACGGUGACUGUGAAGAAGUGGAGUUAGCUGUGCUUGCAAAAGGAAUCAAAUGUUUUAAUGAAGAGGAAAGUACAGAAAAUGGAAUUACCCUUAACGAAGCACAGAAAUUCAUUUACAAAAGUGACAGUAAUGAGGAAAAUAUGUUCCUAUCACCAAAUUUGCUACCCAAAACAUAUUUUUCAGCUUGUGAAACCAAUUCUUUACAUCCAUUGCAUGUUCAGAAGAGUAACAGUGGUUACCCUGUAAAAGCAGAAUUUAGUUUCAGCACUCAUUUAGUUACUGAACAAACAGUGAACAGAAAAGCAGAAAAAAAUCUAUGUUCAAUGUUAUCACAUGAUGGCAUUUAUUAUAAUAAACCCUCUCAGAUUUUACUAAGGAAAGCAUCAUCACUAUCAAGGGGAUGCACUAACCUUGUAGGUAAGAAAUCUAUUAAAACCUUCACCUUCAACAUACCAAAUGAAAAUUUCAGUUGCAUGUUGGCUACACUACCUGAAUCUUGGAUGUGGCCGAGGUCUCUACCUUUGAAUUUGCAAUUGAAUUACACAUGCAGAUCAGAUACUCCAUAUAAACUAUAUUUUUCUAGUAAUGUCAUAAAUGCAAUACAUGAUGUAUUAGACCCUACUUUUCACACUUCAGAGAAAAUCUCACUAUUUCAGAAAUGCGAUAAACAUGAAAGACAUUUCAGCCUACAAGACAGUAAUGCAUUUUAUCUGAAUGUUGGACACUACGACUUGAAUCAUAGACUUGCAUUUUCAAUAAACUCACAAGAACAUUCAAGUGUGUCAUUUUGGACAGAAGAAUCACAUGAGAUAUUCAAAAACAGUUUGACACAUUCAGCAGUGGCAGUUUUACCUGACAUAAAGACUGAGUCUUCUACUGCUGUCAAUUCUAAGCAGAACUUUAAUGAAUCAUUUACAUAUAGUGCUUGGGAAAACACAGCAGUUAAACAUGUCCAUGAAAGUAAAACAAGCCUGCUAAGUUUAGAGAUGAAAGAAAAGUUUGAUGAGGUGCUGAAAGAGUUGUCUUUGUUUCAUGAAAUCAGCCAUGAGGAAGAGCAAAACAUUACUAAAGCAGAAACAGCUUGCAGGCAACCGUGUAUGGAAAACAAAAGCAGAAGUAACGACUGCGACAUCGAAAAAGAAGAAAAAACUAUUCUAGAACGUCCUGAAAACUGUGACUACUCAAGAAAAGAAAGCCUUCUAAAUCAGGAAAAUAAGGAUAUGAAAAAUAAAGAGUUGUACAGAAAUGAACAAGAAGUUCCCGAAAUUGCCUCAUUUGAUACAGAUAAGGAAGAGUUGCUGUAUUCACCUUCGAGAGCUAAAGAGUAUAUUACACCAGACGUCAAGAAAAGUACAAUGUGGAUGCCUGCAUUUGCAUUUAAUACAUUUGUGAAAGAAGAAAACACAUCUAUACAUAUGGAAGGAGGAAACCACAUGUCCAAUGGAAUUUUUCGAAUUGAGCCUCUGAAAACUUGCACUGGGCCAGUCAGGGUUGGUUUAUCUAAAAGAGCAAAACCAAAACAGCUUCAUCCAUAUCUAAGGUAGUCUGCAACAAAAUUCAAGUUAAAAUAUUAAAGGACUGAAAAUUGAGUCUGUCAGCCAUUUUAUCUCAAUAUUAUAAUAGAUUAUAUUAUAUGUGGUUUAUUUGUGAUUGUAGUAUUUUGUAACAGUGCACUAUUAAAAAGCAUUAAUUUUAUUUCAAGAUGUGUGUAGCCAAAAAUAAAAUAUAUAAUAUUUAGUGAAUAAGUUGAAAGCUCAUGAAAGUAUUUAUUUUGUUAAU